GUCACGCCACCAGGCGAUUUUCUUCGGUUUGGGCUCUGAUGGCACGGUGGGUGCCAACAAGGCAGCAGCUGCCAUCAUCGGCGAGCGCACCGAGUUCUACUCACAGGGGCACUUCAACUACUCAUCGCAGAAGGCGGGCGCAUCCACCGUCUCUCACCUGCGCUUUGGGCCCAAGCCCAUUCGCUCGGAAUAUGAGAUCGAGAGUAGCCCGGGAGCUGACUAUGUCGCAUGCCAUCACACGUCUUUCCUCAGCAAGUUUGACAUGCUCUCAAAGGCUCGCGAGGGCGCGGCCUUUGUGGUCAAUUGCCCCUGGAAGACGGUGGAGGAGUUGGAUCAAGAGUUCCCGGCAAAGCUCCGCCAAGCCAUCGCUGAGAAGAAGGUGGAGCUCUAUACCAUUGACGCCCACGCAGUGGCCAGCUCCGUAGGUUUGCCUGCCAAGCGUAUCAAUCAGGUCAUGCAGGCGACCUUCUUCAACCUCUCUGGCAUCCUGCCGCCGGAGGAUGCGAAGGAGCAGUUGGAAGGGGCGAUCGAUCGAAUGUACGGCAAGAAGUCGCCGGAGAUCGUCCGCUCCAACAAGGCCGCCUUGGCAGCGGCGCCGGACAAUCUCAACAGGAUCAACUACCCAUCCUCCUGGCUCACUGCAGAGGACAACGAGCACUCCUUGAGGAGGAUGAACCCUUCCGCUAGCCCCUACAGCCCACAGCUUGAUGAGUUCAGCUCCACCUUCCUAAAGAGCAUAGACUCACGAACUGCCGACGAGCUCGCAGUAAGUGCCUUCAGUCCAGGUGGUGAGACCCCCAUUGGCCAAUCCACGCAUCAGAAGAGAGCUUUGGCGGAUGAAGUCCCUGUUUGGCUUCCUGACAAGUGCACCCAGUGCAACCUUUGCAGUGUCGUUUGCCCACACGCAGUAGUGAGACCCUUCCUGUUGGACAAGAAGGAGAUGGAAGCAGCGCCCGAAGGCUUCGUGGCCCGGAAGGCCAAGGGCGGCGACCUCGCAGGCCUCAACUACACCAUCCAAUUGGCUCCCUUUGAUUGCACCGGCUGCGCUGUCUGUGUGGAGAUGUGCCCAGAUGAUGCGUUGAUCAUGGAAUCGGCUGCUCACUCACAGGAGAAGUUCAAUGAUCACUGGGAGUACUCCCUCAACACAGUCUCUGUGAAGGACAACUUGAUGGAGCGAGGAUCGGUGAAAGGAUCCCAGUUUCAGGAGCCUUUGAUCGAGUUCAGUGGCGCGUGCUCCGGGUGUGGCGAGACACCCUACGUGAAGCUUUUGACGCAGAUGUUCGGCGAUCGCAUGGUGAUUGCCAACAGCAGUGGCUGUUCCUCCGUUUGGGGUGGAUCCUAUGGCCUCAGCCCCUUCAAGAAGAACCGCCAUGGCCAAGGACCCGCCUGGGCUCGAAGCCUCUUCGAGGACACCGCGGAGUACGGUUUGGGCAUGGCUUUGGGAUCCCAGCAACGUCGUGAACGCCUGGUCGCGGACGUGAAGGAACUGCUGGAGGAGGUGUCUUCAGGCGCCUCUGUCUCCACCGAGUUGCAAAACCUGAUGGAGAGGUGGAUAGAGGUGGCCGAGGAUGCGGAGAAAUGCACUGUCUUGCAAGGCCCGUUGAAGGCUGCGCUGGCCAAGGAGCCAGAGACCUCCGACUCUCCAGUGGCCUUGGGCGCUGUCAAGCGUGGUUCGGACCUGCUGGUUGCCCCGUCCCAUUGGAUCAUCGGCGGUGACGGAUGGGCGUACGACAUCGGCUUUGGCGGUUUGGACCACGUUUUGGCCACUGGUCAGAACAUCAACGUUCUUGUCCUGGACACGGAGGGCUACAGCAAUACUGGUGCUCAGAAUUCGAAAGCCACCCCCAAGGGUGCCACGAUGAAGAUGUCGGCGGGUGGCAACAGGGCAAAGAAGAAGGACUUGGGCGCCAUUGCCAUGAUGCAUGAAAAUGCUUAUGUGGCCUCGGUGUCCUUGUCCGCGGACGUGAAUCAGACUGUCAAGGCCUUCAAAGAAGCCGAGGCCUAUCCCGGACCUUCGAUCAUUAUCGCCUAUGCCACCUGCGUGGAUUGGGGCCAUCGCGCUGGUGAUAAGGCCAUGGUCCAGCAACAGGUGCAAGCCGUUGAGAGCGGCUACUGGCCGCUGUAUCGCUACAACCCCGACAAGGUCACUACUGAACACAACGGCUUCGAGUUGGACAACAAGCGGAUCAGCCCAGAUGCCAUGGAUGCGCUCAUGCGGAAUGAGAAUCGCUUCACUUCCUUGCAGCGGACGGCGCCUGAGUUCGCGAAGAUGCUGCAGAGCGCCAUGAAAGAUGAGUUCCACGCGAGACACGAGGCACGGAGACGCAAAGCCAUGGCUGAUGAGGAUCUCUUGGAAUAUUUGAAGAAGUGCAUGGGUGAACAGGUCACAGGCGAGCGGGUCACGGUGCUCUAUGGAACUGACACAGGAAAUGCCGAAAUGGUGGCCAAGAACUUUCAGUUCGAGUUCAAGCGACGAGGAAUGAAAGCCAAGUGUCUCUCCUUGAACGACAUGCCGAUCUCUGACUUGGCAGAGGAGUCCAAAGUGCUGGCCAUCGUGGCCACAGCUGGGCAGGGCGAAAUGCCCAAGUCCGCGGUGAAGUUUUGGCAGGACAUGGAGACCUUCCUUGAGACUGCUCCGGCGGACUAUCUUAAGGACACCAAGUUUGCAGUCUUUGGUCUUGGUGACUCCUCCUACGUCUUCUUCAAUGAGGCAGCCAAGCGGAUUGAUACAGCCUUUGAGAAGCUGGGCGGCCAGCGUGUGCAAUCCUUGGGCUUGGGUGAUGAUCAGCACCCCGGCCGCUUUGAUGAUGAGCUGGAGGAAUGGAGCCCCGACUUCUACGACAACAUCGAAGCACCAGAGCCGCCACAGGAGCUGAGCCCACCAAGUCAUUUGGUGGAGGUUCUACCCCCAGAGGAUCCCAAGGCGAAGCAAGUCGGGGAGGCCUAUGUGCCGGUGGGUUCCAAGCCCGUGAAGAUGACCGUGAAGAGGUCCACCGUGCCCGAGGGCUAUGAGCGGGCCAUCGACCACUUUGAGUUUGACCUCACAGGCAGUGGCUUGAGCUACGAGCAGGGUGACUCCCUGGGCUUGUGGCCAUCAAACCCCAAGCAGCAGGUUGACAUGUGUCUCAUGGCGCUCAACAUGAAAGGAGAUGAGAUCUUGCAUUUGCGCCCGGUGGACUCCAAUCGCUCGGUUCCAUUGCCGGAGGUCAUCACAGUGCGAACGUUGCUCACGGAGGUGCUGGACAUUGCCGGUUGGCCCAAACGCCGCUUCUACGAAAUGUUAAAGCUCAGUGCUACAGAUGCCAAAGAGAAGGAG